AUGCCAGGAUGGUAUCACGAAGAGCAGGGCUCUGAUGGGCCAAACUCAGGUGGUGGCUCCGACAGCUCCGGCUCCCAGAGCUUAUCCGAUAUCAUGUCAUCAUCAUCGUCGCAGUUCGGAUUUGCGGGCUUCGAUGUCGAACGUGCUUCUUAUCUGCGAACGGUACACGGAAUCCUCGCCUUGGUUGCAUUCGUUGCCCUCUUCCCACUCGGAGCCGUUCUGAUGAGGCUGGUGCCGGGGCGCGUGUCGAUAUGGUUUCACGCCAUCACACAAUUGGCCGCUCUAGCCUUGUUCAUCGCCUCGAUUGGCUUAGGUGCCUACAUUGUAAAUUUGGUUCAGGAUGGAGGGUUUCCCCUUCUCGACGACGACCUGGUGGCCGCCCACGCUGGUAUCGGGAGUGCGCUGGGCGUAGUCUUCAUUUUGAUGCCAAUCAUGGGCUACUUGCAUCAUCGUUACUUCAAGAAAGUUGGGCGCCGAACCGGCUGGUCCUACCUACAUUUAGCAGGCGGAAGAGUGGGGAUCACGCUUGGCAUCAUCAACGGAGGCAUUGGGCUGGCGAUUGCAGGAGCAGAGACCAGGUUCAAAGUUGCAUAUGGCAUCGUGGCCGGCAUCGUUUGGGUCGCGUGGAUGGCCACGGCGACCAUCAGCGAAGCGCGGCGCAACCUUGGGAGGAAGCGUACUGGCAGUGAGCCAAAGUAUGGCCGUACAGGGCGGGCUCGUGAACACGAGGCAUCUUGA